UCAUUCAUAUCACACUGCAGACACCUCCUUGUUAACCCUCCUCCCCCUCCCUUCUCUCCAGCAUCCCCUCAGCAUCCUUUCCUCUUUGCACACACAGGACCAGGUGCCUUGAAUCCCAGGCUGCGGGAAGGGAUUCUGCUUUUACUCCUGCCCGCCCUGGUCCUGUCUCCUGGUCCUUCCCUGAGCAUCAUGUCUGCAGGGGGAGAUUUUGGAAACCCUCUGAGAAAAUUCAAGCUGGUUUUUCUUGGGGAACAAAGCGUUGGAAAAACAUCGCUCAUCACAAGGUUUAUGUAUGACAGUUUCGACCACACGUACCAGGCUACAAUUGGAAUAGACUUUCUCUCAAAAACAAUGUAUCUAGAAGAUCGGACGGUCAGACUGCAGCUAUGGGACACCGCAGGCCAGGAGAGGUUCCGCAGCCUCAUCCCCAGUUAUAUCCGUGACUCAACGGUGGCUGUAGUCGUUUAUGACAUUACAAAUAUGAAUUCCUUCCAUCAAACAUCUAAAUGGAUUGAUGAUGUCAGAACAGAGCGAGGAAGUGAUGUCAUAAUCAUGCUUGUCGGAAAUAAGACAGACCUUGCCGAUAAAAGGCAAAUCACAAUUGAAGAGGGAGAGCAACGAGCGAAAGAACUGAAUGUCAUGUUUAUUGAAACCAGUGCCAAAACCGGAUACAAUGUCAAACAGUUAUUUCGUCGAGUGGCCUCUGCUCUCCCUGGUAUGGAGUGUGCCGAAGAAAAGACCAAGGAUGGCAUGAUUGACAUCAAGCUUGAUAAACCCCAAGAACCGCAGGUGACUGAUGCUGGAUGUUCUUGCUAAUAUGCAGUGCCAAAGGGUCAGCUGCCAGAGGCAAAGUGCUUAGCCUGAAAUGAUUUCCUAUUGGUUAGCCUGGAAAAACAAACAUUCAGAUAACACGUCUAGAGAAUGCUGUGACCAUCCACUACACCAAACUUUUACCACAACAUGGAGACUUUGCUCAUUCUCUUCCCCUCCCUCUUUGCACCUUCUGUCUUGCCAUCUACCAUCUUUCACAGCUGUUAGUCAUUUAAUUCCCCCUUCUACCUCUAUGUGCUUAGAUCCCCAGCUUUCUGCCUUUUUUCCUUAGAAAUAAGUCUCUCACUCAAGAUAAGCCAAUCAUUUGCAAAGAUGUAUUCAUGAAGUCACUCAUCUAUUAGCAAUCUAGACGCUAGAGAUUGACAACAAUUCACAGAGUGGUUGUAAUAUAUUUUGACUGGUAUUCCAAGAACACAUAAAACUUAGUGUAAAUGAGAGUUGAAGUUAUUAUGCACAUUUAAUCCAAGUUCCCACAAAUCUUUCUUCUACUUGAUAUUAAAAGUUUCACACUAAAUAUUUCUUUAGAUUUCACAAACUUUCAUCCUUUUUAUUCAUUUGAAGAGGAAGGAAAUCCUGGCUCUAAAUGCUCUUACUAACAUUAUUCCUUUUUCACUUUUUUUUGUUGUAAUAUAUAAUUGUACUUUAUUAAAAUUGCCAAAAACUGUAAGUAACAGGA